GAAUACUAAAAUAGUAAAAUGUAAAUUAUUCAAUUUUACAAGCUAUCAAUUUCCUUAAGACUUAUGAAAAAAAAAAAAUAUUAGCUGACUGGUAUUUAGAGUCAAGUAUUUAUCAUAAGUAUUAGCUUUGACAAAAUGUCACUUAAUACAUUAAUAUAUUAGUUGUAAAAUGUUUUGGUGUUCUUUAUUAACAUAAUGCACUUUAUUUGUUACAUAUGUUUGGCUAGUUACUUAAAAUGUAUUAUACCAUUUGGUAUAUCUAGUAGUGUAAUUUCGUCCUACAAAUUAUUUAGGAUCACUCGCAGUACACCAUUUGAUGGUGUGAAGAUUACACAAGAUGAUUUUGAAAGCAUUAAUCAAGUGCAUUUACCUAACAAAUCUGAGAUUGUGUUGUUAGAAGAUAACUCUUCCAUUAACGCCAAUUUUGCUAUUAAAGAACCAUACAAAUUGCAAAAUGAUACAGAUAUAAGUAUAAAAUUGAACGACACAAUUGCAAAUAUUACAUCAUUGCCUGAAUUAUCAAACUACAUGACCACUCAAAUUGUUCUAAUAUCAGGUGCAUCGAUUGUUGGCUGUGUGGCUAUUAUAUCAUUUGUUAUUUUAGGAUACAUAAUGUACAAGAGAAGUAGAUGGAACACUCCACAAGCAUUAGAUCACUGUAGCAAUGCAGAUUCCAUUGGUUACUUAGAUGAUAUGUUUAAAGAAAAUUCAGAUGAAAUGUACAGUUUGGACAACGAUUCAUUCCUAAACAGUUUAGAAGCCAUGACAAUUCAAAAUUAUUGGACUGAAAACGUAAAACAUACAAAGCUUUAAAGAAGUAACAGCCUCUAAGUUAUUAAUUUUGUUUUCUUGGUGUUAUAUAGCAUAACAAAUGUUUUAACAUGACACAUGUUUAAACAUUAUUUUACUUUUAAGCUUAACAUUAUUAACAGUAUUCACAAGUAUUAUUUUUUUAUUAUGUAUAUAUCAUUCAAAUUUCUUUUUUUUAAUUAUUAGUAUUAUUUGAUUAGUAUACAUUUUAUCUAUUUAAAACACUUUAUAUUUUUUUAUUAAAACUAUUGUUGUUUAUAGACUUAAGUUCCUAAGACGUUUGUUGUGAUUUGUUUACCUUCUUUUUUUCAAAACAACUACCAUCAAAUUAUCUAUAUUUUAACUGAACUUAGAAUAGGAAUAAUAAUACAAAAAAAAUGUUACCUUAAUAUUACCGAAUAUUUAAUUUAAUACAUUUUAAUUAAUUAUAAAUCUAAAAUAAUGUGAAUUGAGUUAUAUUAAUAUAUCUUAUUAUUUUAGUUAUACAUUCUUUAUAAGUAGUUUACUUAAAAUAUAAUAAAAAGAAUUUUUGGGAGAA